CCGGCUGGAGACCGGACCUGUCUGCGAUCUGAGCGAGGUGUUUCCGCAAAAUGUGACUUUAUUUCACAUUGUUUGCGCAACUACUUUUUUUAAAGGAUUUUCUUCUGGACUUUACGCAGUUUUUGGACACAGCCUCUCCUCCUGUGGAAGGAUAACUGCUCUUGAGGCGACAUCCAUCCAUCAGAGAAGUCAACUCAAACUGGAGUGGCUCUUUUGACGCAAACUCGUCAAAAAGCUCCCAAAGAAAGGCACUCUUAAUCCCAAACGGACACCAGGAUGCAGCAUUUGACCACAAAGUUAAACCCAGGUCUGCUACACAGCGCACGAGCCACUCACACGUCGGACUAACCCAUGUUGGAGUUCCUCGGAGAGUUGUGCGUAAAAGCAUCACCGGACAGGAAGUGAACUAAUUAUUAUUUAACCCCAUCCCUCAUUUCCAUAUCUUGCGUGAGUUGGCUGGACUGGAGCCAAUCACCCGCCGAAGGGCAGCAGGAGUCGUAAAAGCGCUAUCCUUCCUCCAUCACCAUCACACUGACAUGCGCAAUCUGCACACGGGCAUCAGCAGCAGCAGGAACACUUCGUUUAUUCCAGCUCCCCGCUCCGGCUGAAGGGUCCCACUCGCUGCUCGUAGAUGAGCCGGGGUGAGGAGGCAGAGAGGCGCAGAGAGAGCUCAACAUGUCCCGCCGCAAGCAAGCCAAGCCGCAGCAGCUCCAGGCGGAGGGAGUGGCGAGGAGCGCACCGCUCUGCCAUACCGGCAUGGUGGAGGGCCUGUACAGAGAGAACACCAAUGGAGGUUGCCACAGCAGACAGGAAACACACAUCUGUGAACGAUGCUGUGCUGAGUUCUUCUCCAGGACUGAACUGAGUGAACAUCAGAAAGUCUGCACUGAGGAUCCCUUGGUGCUGAUAGUGAAGGACAAUGACAGGAUGCCAGUUCCUGAUGAAUCUCCUGUUGGACCCUCUCCGGUUCCUAGCGUUGCGUCUAGUGACUCGUCUGCAGCAGAACCCAGCUGUGGCCUGGGGGGGACGCUGGUGAACGACAACGAUAGCCUGGACAAUUUCGAGGAAGGUUUGGAGCGAGAUGAAGCCAUGGAGCUUGAGCAUCACUUGCACGACAAACAAACCUCCAGCCCUCAGCCUCCAGAUUCCGCUGAGACCCCCAAGAUGUCAGCUGUUGACAGUUAUGGCAUGCAGAGUACAAACGUGACGCUGGAGAUCCUCCACAGCACCAGGGUGGCUGUGGCUCAGUUCUCCCAGGAGCUCAGCAGCAUGGGGACUGGAGGGAAGGCUUCAGGGGCCAUCCCUGUGAUCCUGGAGCACCUGCUGGCCCUUCAACAACAACAGGUCCACCAGCUGCAGCUUAUUGAGCAGAUCUGCAGCCAGGUAGCCAUCAUGAACAGACAACCAACACAGGCGGCGUUAAAGCCAGUCUCCAGAUCCCUGUCUCUGGCCCCUAUCCCUUUCCCUUCUCAAGGCACCAUAGCUCCUCCCAUCCUGCCUCUAUCAGGAACCAUGCCCUCAACCUUCAACGGAAAGGCUGCUGUUUCUUUGUCUUCUGUGCUUGAGAAGUCACACAGUCUCCCCUCACAAACUCUAUAUGGGCAGUCCACCUUCAGAAAUGUGAAAUGUACCUCAACGUCUUCAGAAACUUCCACCCCAUCUGUCACCAGCUGCAGCAGCAACAUCUCCACAUUGCUGCUUCCUUACAUGGGCUCACACAGCAGCGGCAUUAGCUGCUCUCAGAUGCUGAGCUCCUCCAGCCCGCUCCCCCUGGGACAGAGCAGCCUCCUCAGUUCCCCCUCCGGCCUACCAUUUCUACCUCAGAGCCCCCCUAGCAGUGUCAUUUUCCCCAAUCCCUUGGCUAGCAUCGCCGCCACAGCUAAUACACUUGACCCUCUCGCAGCCCUCAUGAAGCACGGGAAGGGGAAACCGCCUAACGGGCCCUUGUACGAAACCAAGCCCAACCCAGAGGAGCCUUUCUUCAAGCAUAAAUGCAGGUUCUGUGCCAAAGUGUUUGGCAGCGACAGCGCUCUGCAGAUCCACCUGCGCUCCCAUACAGGAGAGCGGCCCUUCAAAUGCAACAUCUGUGGCAAUCGCUUCUCCACGAAAGGGAACUUAAAGGUGCACUUCCAGAGGCAUAAAGAUAAGUACCCUCAUGUUCAGAUGAACCCCUACCCUGUGCCAGAAUAUCUAGACAAUGUGCCAACGAAUUCUGGGAUUCCCUACGGAAUGUCCUUCCCCCCGGAAAAGCCUGUGUCCUCAUGGCUGGAGAACAAACCUGUUGUAGCAACUCUGCCAGCCACUAUGGGUCUUCCGCUUCCCUCCGCUAUUACCUGUAUCAGAGGCUCGAAUGACCCUGUAAGUGUAACACCAUCUGUUAAAUCUCCCUUCCAGACAGCUCUUGGUGAAUGUGUAUCUUUGUCACCUAACCACAGAGGCAGUGAGGCUCAUUUCUCUCCUGUUUCAGAGUUGAAGCGUGAGACAGAAGUGUCCAAUAUACUAAAAACAGAAGGGAUACACCUGCCCCAGAACUGCUCCCUGAUAUUGAGAGGCAACCCUAUAACAGAAGCACCCAGCACUACGAUCCCAUCUGUGGCCACCACGCCUGAACCCAUCACCUCAGCAUCCCCCCUCUCCGAGUCCCCACCUCUAUCGUACAACUCGGACGUAAUGAAAUACCCAAGCGGGGAUUUCCUGGACUCUAUGCACACGUCUGAAACCUCAAAGCUUCAGCAGCUGGUGGAGAACAUCGACAAGAAGAUAACAGAUCCCAACCAGUGUGUCCUCUGUCACCGCGUCCUCAGCUGUCAAAGUGCGCUCAAGAUGCACUACCGCAUCCACACCGGGGAGAGGCCCUUCAAAUGUAAAGUGUGUGGCAGGGCUUUCACCACCAAAGGCAACCUGAAGACUCACAUUGGCGUUCACAGAGAAAACCCUCCCGUCCAGGUGCAACACUCGUGUCCCAUCUGCCAGAAGAAGUUCACCAACGCUGUUGUCCUUCAGCAGCACAUCCGCAUGCACAUGGUCGGACAGAUUCCAGACUCCACGCUCAUAGAGGGGCUGCAGGAGAUGGAUAUGUCCUUCAACGAGAGGAAUUGUGAUAGUCUCAGCAGCAAUGACAAUGACCUCCUUGAUUAUAUGUCAAUGGAGGAUGAUAAUGAGGAAGAAGACGAGGAAGUAGAGAGUAUGGAGGAAGUUGUAAAUCCAUCGAAACCCUUGAUAUAUGACUGUUAUUCACCGCCUAAGUCCAACAUUGUUUCAAGUUUAGCCGCUCUGGAGAACCAAAUGAGGAUGAUUGACUCUACUUUAAGCCUAAACCACUCCUUUGGUAUACAAUCUCUAACAAAUGGUUUUAAUGACAUUAGCCAACUUAAUUUUAAAAGAUCUUUGGCAGAGAAAGGCGUGGAGAACUGCAGACUUAACAGCCCAAAUGUUUCAGAAUCUUCCUGUUCGCGUCGUGUAUCGGGAGCUCCGAUUCAAAGCAACUCAGAAGGCAUGACGAUCAAAUCACCUGCAGUGAACAACAAUAGGCCAGAAUCCCACGAGUCUUUGGCAGCCUCAGUAAAGAGAGAGCAACCUGAUUCUCCUACCUCGGCAUCAGCAGCUGCAGUGGUCCAAGAACUGCGAGGAAUACCGGCCAGCAAGCUGUGUGUGAAAGAGGAGACUCCUUAUAGUAUGUCCUUCCAACUGAGCCGAGAAAGAGCUGCAGGUCAAAGUAUUCCCACCCUGGUUACCAGCACAUCGUCAGGGCUGAUAAAAACCGAGAUGAAUGGUCAUAGUCAACCGAACAAUUUGUCUGAAAGGCAGCUCCCACCGUUUAGCGUCCACAUCCCCCCAGCUUACGCUUCAGUCGGCAGCCCAGGAAUGACCUCCCUGCUCGGCCCCGCGCCUCCCCGUCGAACUCCGAAGCAGCACAACUGCAACGCCUGUGGGAAGAACUUCUCUUCUGCCAGCGCCCUGCAGAUCCACGAGCGCACACACACCGGAGAGAAACCCUUUGUCUGCUCCUCCUGCGGCAGAGCGUUCACCACGAAAGGCAAUCUGAAGGUUCAUAUGGGAACUCACAUGUGGAACAAUGCACCAGCCAGGAGAGGCCGGCGUCUGUCAGUGGAAAACCCCAUGGCCCUGCUGAGCGGAGAUGCCGCAAAGUUUGGAGAGAUGUUUCAGAAAGACCUGGCAGCUCGAGCCAUGAACGUAGAUCCUGGAUUUUGGAACCGAUACGCUACAGCGAUCGCCAACAGCCUGGCCACGAAGAACAACGAGAUCUCAGUGAUUCAGAACAGAGGCAUCUCUCAGCUGCACCCUCUGACUGCAGGCAUGGACAGAGUGAGCGCCGCAGGAAGUCCAAUAAACACUCUAACCAAGACAGGCAUGGACCUGGGGAAUAAUAGGCAUUUUUCUAUGCUGAUUGAUGACAGCAAAGAAAUUGGAAUCAAUUGAAAAAACAAUGAAUGGAGACUUAAUACUUAUGCAAUCUAUUAUGAACAUUCAAAUAUUUGUAAAACCUCUUGUUUGUUCGUAUGUAUUAUAUAUAGACUUAAAAAAGAACUUUUUAUCAAUUGACAAAGAAUAGUUGGGUAUUCACAUUUUGCUAUUUUACUUUGCCGUCAUUUGUGAAUGUUUGUUUUGGUUCCAAUACAUUAAAAAGUUGUUUAUCUUGUACCUGAGAAUUCCUAGGGUGCUGAAUAAGGGGAACAUACUGUAUGUUCAAAUCAAUAAUGCAAAGAGUCUGUUAUCUCCUCCGGACAGCUGCCCAAUGCUGCUAGCUGGUGCAAAGCACAAUACAUGCUCAUGAAUACCCACAAUUAAGAGUUGUCAAUAUUAUGGUGAGAAAUUGUUAUUCUUAAACAACAGUUGGACCCAAAUAAAAACUAGAACAAACAGUC